AUGGCACGCGAGGAGCUCGCUGUCGCGACUGCUACCGAGGACGCCGCUGCAGACAACGAACAUCUGGCGAUCCUCAUCUCCCUCUUGGCCAUGAUCGUCGAGGAGGACAAGCCAACCAUUGGUGGUUCCGCGCUGGGGCACCGCAAGAGCAAGUCAAGGCAGAGGAUGAAGCUCUCCCUGAAGAUAGUCGAGAAUUUGAGGGAGAUCGACUACUUCAAACUGAAGAGAGACGCAGUCGGCGAGCUUGGUGAUACACAUGAUGACUAUCUGCGCAUGACAGAGUCCACAACUACUGAUUCCAUGUAUAGAUUCUGCUGGGAAAUUGUGGCGGUGUUUGGGAAGACCUAUCUGCGCACACCCAAUGCCGCAGACACAACUCGGAUCUUGGCACAAAAUGAAGAGAGAUGUUUUUCUGGGAUGCUUGGCAGACAACACAAUGAUAUCAAUGUGCUCCUGUGCUCCGAUGUGUUCCAGAAGCUUGUCGAAGGCGAUCCCCCUCCGGUGCAGUUGAGAUAUUGGCCUCCAGAGGCUUCUAGAAAGGAUGUGGAGAGGGCAUUUGGUGUGCUGCAAGCUCGCUUUUCCAUUGUCCGAUACCCUGCUCUUACAUGGUCCAAAGAGCAUAUAUGGGAGAUGUUGAUCACAAUGUGCCUCUCGCAUUUGCUGCUUUUCUCACCGGGCGUCAAGAAGUUCGAGACUCCAACACUCAUCACCAACUGCAAGAUGAUCUGGUGGAGCAUUUAG